AGAUAUACAAACGGGUUAAAACCUCUGCUCAUGUUAACCUUUGAGCCUGGUAAAUUUAUUGAUGUUACUCAGCAUAAGGACAUAAGGGCUCUGAAGCACAUGUUCACUGGCGUAUUAAGGCAUUCAGAGUUAGUCUCACAACAGCACUGGUGCUUUCCUCAUAAAGUCAACUAUCAGUACGAAACAGAAAAAUGAAGGACUAUUCACCCUCUAUAAAGAAUCAAAAUGUGAAGGGAGUUUCUUUUAGAAAAAGAAACGACAGUGAUACAUGGACAACAGCUUCAUCUAGGACCAUGAAUGGUUUUCCAGAAGGGCCUCCUGUCCUAGAUUACAGGGAGCCAGAACCCCAUCCUAAAGGGCCAAAGUACCAGCACAGCCUGAAAACCCUCAUCCCAUUCCGCUUCGCCUCAAACUCACACCCACUUGAUGAUGCUGGUUUCUUCUCCUUCACAUCAUUUACAUGGAUGACGCCCAUGAUGUGGAAGCUCUUUAGGAAUCGAUUAGAUGAGGACUCACUUUCUCUCUCCCCUCAUGAUGGAGCCCACAUCAACGGAGAUAGGUUACAGAGGAUGUGGGAUGACGAGGUCGCCCGCGUGGGCCUGGAGAAGGCAUCUCCUGCUGCCGUGGUGAUGCGUUUUCAGAAGACGAGAUUAAUAGUGUCUUUCUUGUCCUCUGUCAUAUUCUCUUUUGCUGUAUUUAUUGGUCCGUCUAUUCUAUUGAAUGAAAUCCUAAAGUACGCAGAGGAUCCGGAUUCAUCCACGGUGUUGCGCGGUGUGGGUCUGUGUGUGGCCCUGUUCAUCACAGAGUUCAGCAAGGCAUUUUUUGCUUCACUCUUAUGGGCCUUGAACUUGCGUACCGCUGUCAGAUUAAAAGGAGCGUUCUCGAUGCUUGCCUUCAAGAAAAUCAUAUCUCUCAGGACACUUUCCAGCGUCAGUAUGGGAGAGACGAUAAACGUUUUGACGAGUGAUGGCUAUCGAUUGUUUGAGUCGGUCUUGUAUGGAACAUUUCUGCUCUGUGUUCCUGUGCUGCUGAUCAUAUGUAUCAUAUACGCCUGUGUUAUUCUGGGAUACACGGCACUGAUUGGAAUUCUGGUGUACCUGGUCUUCAUACCUAUACAGUUCUCAGUUGCUCGACUGAUUGCUGUAUUUAGAAGGCGGGCCGUAACUGUGACAGACAAGCGUGUUCGCACAAUGAACGAGGUUCUGACCUGCAUCAAACUCAUUAAGAUGUACGCGUGGGAGGAGUCAUUCGAGAAAUCAAUAACAGAUGUUAGGAAGCAAGAAAAGUCGCUGUUGGAAAAAGCUGGUUAUGUUCAGAGUAUAAACUCCUCUUUAACAGCGAUCGUGCCCACACUAGCAACCAUCCUCACCUUCAUUGCCCAUACAGGACUGAAACUGCCUCUUGAACCUUCUACGGCAUACACUAUCAUUGCUGUAUUCAACUGCAUGAGGAUGUCUAUGGGUUUGUUGCCAUUCUCUGUUAAAGCUGUUGCUGAGGCUAAAGUCGCACUGGUUAGACUAAAGAAACUUUUGAUGGUACAGAACCCAGACAGUUAUCUCACCCAGAAUAAGGAUUUGAAAUCAGCGUUGGUCAUGGACAGGGCCUCGUUCAGAUGGAGCCUGCCAGAAAAAAACAGUAACAGUGAGCAUCUUCAAGAUGACUCUCAGAGCAACUCAGAUAACAAACCAGCACUCAAAAACAUCAGCUUUACUCUACCCAAAGGAAAUCUCCUUGGGGUGUGUGGCAACGUCGGAAGUGGAAAAACAUCUUUGAUAUCAAGUAUUUUAGAGCAGAUGCAUCUUCUGAGCGGAUCUGUGUCAGCUAAUGGAACAUUUGCUUAUGUUUCCCAACAAGCCUGGAUAUUUCAUGGGACUGUGAGAGACAACAUCCUCAUGGGAGAACCGUUUGACCAAACCAGAUAUGACCGUGCUGUUUUUGCUUGCUGUCUGAAACCUGACUUGGCAAUGCUUCCUUAUGGAGAUCAGACAGAGAUUGGAGAGCGAGGUUUAAACCUUUCAGGUGGUCAGAAGCAGAGGGUUAGUUUAGCCAGGGCUGUAUAUUCUAACAGAGACAUCUUCCUAUUGGACGAUCCCCUGUCUGCCGUCGAUGCCCAUGUUGGAAAGCAUAUAUUUGAAGAAUGCAUCAAAAAAGAACUGAAAGGCAAAUCAGUAAUUUUGGCCACUCAUCAGCUUCAGUAUUUAGAGUAUUGUGAUGAGGUGUUGCUGUUGGAGAAUGGGGAAAUACAGGAGUCUGGAACGCACAGCGAUUUGAUGAAAGCUAAAGCCCGCUACGCACAGCUUUUCACUAAUGUCCAGCUGGAACAGAGCGAUGAAAAGAAAGAAGAUGAUUCCAAUAUUUACACUGAACCUGAUGACUCAAAACAAACCAACUUAGAUGAGCCCAAACUCAACGGAAUUGAUAACCAAGCUUUCGACAUGUCUGAUGAGAAAAUUAAAACAGUUGAGUCUUUUCCCAAAGAAACAAAAGGCAAGAAGGAUCAGUUAGUAAUUCAGGAAGUGUCCCAGGAAGGAUCAGUUACAUGGAGAACCUACCACCAAUACUGCAAAUCUGCUGGAGGAUAUAUACUGGUGGUAUUUGUUGUGCUGCUUUACGUUCUUCUUGUGGGCUCAACUGCUUUCAGUAAUUGGUGGCUCAGUUUCUGGUUGGACCAGGGUUCAGGGUCUGUAAACAGCACUAAUACAUCAACAGCCGGUGGUAAUAUCUCAGACAAUCCAAAACUGUCAUUUUACCAACUGAUUUAUGGGCUUAUUAUUGUUGCCAUGCUAAUACUCAGUGCUGCAAAGGGCUAUGCCCUUACUAAAGUCACUCUGCACUCCUCUUCCAAACUCCAUGACUCCAUGUUUAAACGGAUCCUUGGCAGCCCGAUGAGUUUUUUUGACACAACUCCAACUGGCCGCAUGGUGAACCGAUUCAGUAAAGACCAAGAUGAAGUCGAUGCAGUUUUGCCGUUUAACGUGGAGCACUUUUUGCAGUUCUCGCUGAUGGUCACUUUUACCAUCCUCACCGUUUGUAUAGUGUUCCCAUACCUCCUGAUCGUUGUGGUAAUUCUUGGAAUCAUCUUUGCCAUAAUCCUAUAUAUUUUCCAGAGGAGCAUACGGCAGAUGAAGAGGAUGGAGAAUGUGAGUCGCUCUCCCUGGAUUUCUCUCACCACCUCCACCAUACAGGGACUCAGCACCAUUCAUGCCUAUGACAAAAGACAGCAAUACAUAGAACUGUUUAAGGUGCUGAGUGACACAAACUCAAACCAUUUCCUGUUGUUUAAUUGUGGGACUCGCUGGCUCUCAUUCUGGUUAGACUUCCUGUCUGCUACCGUUACUUUAACAGUGGCAUUGUUCGUUGUGCUCAGCCCCAAUGAGACCAUAAACCCUUCUCUGAAAGGCCUGGCCUUAUCUUACACAAUACAGUUGACUGGAAUGCUUCAGUUUGUGGUGCGGUUAUCCACUGAAGUGGAGGCAAAGUUCACCAGCGUAGAAAGAUUGCUGGAGUACAUUACGAUUUGUGUAUCAGAGGGUCCUAGGACUAUCAAAGAUGCAAACAUCCCAAAAAGCUGGCCACAGGAGGGCAGCAUAACCUUUAAAAACUACAGCAUGAGAUACAGGGAAAACACACCUAUAGUCCUCAAUAAACUCAACAUAAAUAUUAAAGCACAGGAGAAAGUCGGCAUUGUGGGACGGACAGGAUCUGGGAAGUCUUCUUUGGGUGUGGCACUGUUCCGCUUGGCAGAAGCAGCUGAGGGCACUAUUGUGAUAGAUGAUAUGGACGUCAGUAAGAUGGGCUUGAAGGAUCUUCGCAGCAAACUUUCCGUCAUACCUCAGGAUCCCGUACUGUUCAUCGGCACUGUCAGGUAUAACCUGGAUCCCUUUAACAAUUACAAAGAUGAACAGCUCUGGCAGGCUUUGGAAAAAACGUACAUGAAAGAUACGAUUGCCAAGCUGCCAGAGAAGCUGGAAUCACCAGUGGUGGAGAAUGGAGAGAACUUCUCUGUUGGAGAGAGGCAACUCAUGUGUAUGGCCAGAGCUCUGCUCCGCAAUUCCAAAAUCAUUCUGUUGGAUGAGGCCACAGCAUCUAUAGACUCAGAGACCGACAGCAUGAUCCAGAAAACCAUCAGAGAUGCUUUUCAGCACUGCACUGUGCUUACAAUUGCACACAGAAUCAACACUGUUUUGGAGAGCGACCGAAUACUUGUGAUGGAUCAGGGAAAGGCGGUGGAGUUUGAUCGGCCUCAGGACCUGAUUCACAGGCCAAACUCUUUAUUUGCAUCCCUUCUAGCAGCGGCCAAUCACGUAAACACUUAAAAAAAGAAAUGCUCACACAUCCAUAUAGUCCUAUUAUAUAUUUGGAUUUGGUUAACUAGAUCUGAAUAUACAGAGUAGAGCACUGACCUCUUUAAGCCAUUGUAAUACAUGAUAUAUCACAUACUGUAUGUCAUAGCACAUUUAUACUGCAUACAGUACACUGCAAUUUGCACUUGUUUAUUUUAUGUAAGCUUUACAUUACUACAGUGAUUUUUGUUGGAUUUAAGAGUUCUGGGGUCUCAUUUAUAUUAUAAAUUAUAAGUAUUAUUUACAUUUAUAAAAUAUUACGACUUAUAAAACAAAGCAAUGUUCCCUUUAUAAGUCACAGAUCACCUGCAAGUGUGCGUACAUGCAUCAUCCUCAGAUCCCACCCUGCAAGCCCAUUUUCCCAUCAAGUUUGUUUUGAACUGGCGUAUGCACGUUUCGAGCCCCAUUUUACAAAUGAGACCCCUGCUCUGUAUGCAUAUUGUGUAUAAGUGAAGGAGAGGCUUUGAUCCAUAAAGCUUGAAACAUUCACUUCCAGUAGUUUCAUCAGUUGUAUAUAUUUAAAAUAUUUAUUUGAUUUUUAUAUGUAUUUGAAAACUAAGUAUGUGUACAAUGAAACGCAACUAAUGAUUUUUAGUAAAAUAUACUCGUAAUGUUUUUCUCAUGUUUAUUUAGUGAAAUCAAUAUCACAACAAUACCUAUUUAUAUUGAUGUACCCAUGUCAAUUUCACAGAAUGAACCUCAUGGUGCUCCGGACCCUGUCAUGAUCCCUCACUUAUCGUUAUAUAGUGUUGUCUUACAUUUUGAUAAGAAGCAACCGUGUGUUAAAUAAUCACCUCAGAGUAUAUUCUAGGCCUGUCUGCGUUUUGAACACUUGGUGUCUCUAUCCUCCUAACUGCAAAACUUAUUGAGCUGCAGUUGCAUCAGUAGAGACACUAACUGAUGAAAUGUGUUGAAAUUCCAGCAUCAGCGAGCAUCUCAGACUGAUGAGGGAAUGAGGGAAUUAUUUGAGCUCAGCGAAGAGACAGCGCGAAAGACAUUAAUCAGAUAUCAGUAACUUUUUUUAUUGUCUGUGUCUAAUGCAGUGCUUUAAUACACUUAUAUAACACUACUUUUGAACAUACAGACGUUUUAAGGACACUUUGUAUUUUUGUAUUUUGUGUACCUAUUCCCAUUUACAAACAAAGUCUUGUUUGCACUUACUGUUUGUAAUGUUGUCCGGUUCUGCUAGUCUGUCAUCAAGUGCAGAAAUAAAGCAAUCCUUUGACUUCC